CCUCUUCCGGUUUCGCAUGGCGCCGUCUCUUCCGGUGUGGGGAGUAAUAUGGGGACAAUACACCUAUUCCGCAAAUCACAGAGGUCGUUGGUUGGAAAGUUAACACAUGAAUUUAGGUUGGUUGCAGCAGAUAGAAGGUCCUGGAAGAUCCUGCUUUUUGGUGCUAUCAAUUUAAUAUGUAUUGGCUUCCUGCUAAUGUGGUGCAGCUCUAUAAACAACAUAGCUUUAACUGCUUACACAUAUUUGACAAUCUUUGAUCUUUUCAGUUUGGUAACAUGUCUAAUAAGCUACUGGGUGAUGAUGAAGAAACCCAGCUCAGUCUAUUCAUUUGGGUUUGAGAGAUUUGAAGUUCUAGCUGUUUUUGCUUCUACAGUUUUGGUACAACUUGGUGCUCUUUUUAUUCUAAAAGAAAGCGCAGAGCGGUUUCUGGAACAACCUGAAAUACACACGGGACGGCUGCUGGUUGGUACCUUUGUGGCUCUCUUUUUCAACUUAUUCACAAUGCUUUCCAUUAGGAAUAAGCCUUUUGCUUACGUCUCUGAAGCUGCCAGCACAAGUUGGCUUCAGGAGCACGUUGCGGAUCUCAGUAGAAGUAUUUGUGGAAUUAUCCCAGGACUGAGUAGCAUCUUUCUGCCACGAAUGAACCCCUUUGUUCUGAUUGACAUUGCUGGCGCUCUAGCCCUUUGCAUUACAUAUAUGCUGAUUGAAAUUAACAAUUAUUUUGCUGCAGACACAGCGUCUGCUAUAGCAAUUGCUUUGAUGACAUUUGGUACCAUGUAUCCCAUGAGCGUCUACAGUGGUAAAGUUCUGCUUCAGACAACACCGCCUCAUGUGAUUGGCCAGUUAGAUAAACUUCUUAGAGAGGUUUCAACUUUGGAUGGUGUAUUGGAAGUUCGAAAUGAGCAUUUCUGGACAUUAGGUUUUGGCACUUUGGCGGGAUCAGUACACGUCCGAAUUCGGAGAGAUGCAAAUGAACAGAUGGUGCUUGCUCACGUCACAAAUAGAUUAUACACAUUGGUCUCAACCUUGACUGUUCAGAUUUUCAAAGAUGAUUGGAUCAGACCUACGUUAUCAUCUGUGCCUAUUGCAAACAAUAUGCUGAACCUUCCGGAUCACCAUGUUAUUCCAAUGCCAUCUUUGAAAGCUGCCGAUAGUCUGAACCCUGUAACGUCCACUCCAGCCAAGCCUAGCAGUCCACCACCAGAAUUUUCUUUUAAUACACCUGGAAAAAAUGUGAACCCACUCAUCCUUUUAAACACUCAGACAAGGCCCUAUGGAAUGGGUUUAAAUCAUGGAUCUGCACCUUACAGCAGUGUAUUCAAUCAAGGAUUUGGAAUACCGGGAAUGGGAGCAACUCAAGGACUCAGGACUGGUUUUACAAAUGUCCCAGGCAGAUACGGAACAAACACUUAUGGUCAGUCCCGACCAUAAUAAACACCAUUAUUUAUUGUA